UUUGUCAUUUUUGUCGCGGUAAACAUCCAUCAAGAGGUUCAGGCCCUUGUUCAUGUCGGUGUGCAUAGAGUUAUAGGUGUCGAGAGUAGCCAGAAAGUCCCUUGACAUGUCCACGUCGCUCGCACCGUUCGCUAAGCUGGCUAGCUGGCCGUCACUGGCAUGUCCAUUGUGUAAGAGAUGGUUUAGAUAGCCAUGAAGGAUGUGCCCGUUCGAGGGAGGAUGGUCUUGGUGGUCGUAGCUGGCGUGCCCGUUUGCAGAAGAGUGGUCUUUAUGGCCAUGACCGACACGUCCAUUCAAGAAGCGAGGGUCUCGAUGGUCGUGACUGUCAUGCCCACUUUUGGGGAGAUCGUGACUGGUCGCAGUCAUCGGGUCGUUUCCAAGGGCGCUGAAGGAGGGCGAGGAUGUAAUGCUGAUGGUAUGCUGAUAUUUUGUUGGUGAUACUGCGCUGUCGUAAUGGGCGUCAAGAGAUGGAGGAAUUUGAUCGCUUGCACUUGACAGAUGUGCGAGUUAGUUGUUUGUGCUGAUGUUGUGGAGACAAGAG